UCGUAAUGGUGUCUGUAUGAUUUCCGGAGGCUGCUGCAUUAGACCCCGGCCGACGUGAGCGGCAGGAGGGUAGCAGGUCGUCUCUGUUGUCCGAGAGGGGCGGGAAAGGGUGGUUGCGGCCGGAGUCGGCAGUAGAGAAUCGGGCGCGGGCGGAGGAGGCCGCGGAGCAGCGGGCGGUGGUAGAGCCCGGCGAAUCCCAGGCCGGCCGCGGAGCGCGCAGCGUGAAGGCAGCUUUGCAGACAGCAUUAAAUAGGGUCCACGCCCCUCCAACCCCCCAACCCCCUGCGAGUCCGGCCUUGGGUGAAGAGUCAGCGAGUUUCUGCAUAAAAGAUGACAACAGCAGCUAGGCCAACUUUUGAACCUGCAAGAGGGGGGAGAGGAAAAGGAGAAGGUGAUUUGAGCCAACUCUCAAAGCAGUAUUCAAGUAGAGACCUACCUUCUCAUACAAAGAUAAAAUAUAGACAAACCACUCAGGAUGCCCCUGAAGAGGUUCGCAACCGUGACUUCAGGAGAGAGCUGGAGGAGAGAGAGCGAGCUGCCGCCAGAGAAAAAAAUAGAGAUCGUCCAACACGAGAACAUACAACCUCCUCAUCAGUGUCAAAGAAACCUCGGUUAGACCAGAUUCCUGCUGCCAACCUUGAUGCAGAUGAUCCUCUAACAGAUGAAGAAGAUGAAGAUGAAGAUUUUGAAGAGGAGAGUGAUGAUGAUGAUACUGCAGCUCUUCUUGCAGAGCUAGAAAAAAUUAAAAAAGAAAGAGCUGAAGAGCAGGCCAGGAAGGAACAAGAACAAAAAGCUGAAGAAGAAAGAAUACGUAUGGAAAACAUAUUGAGUGGAAACCCUCUCCUUAAUCUCACUGGCCCAUCCCAGCCUCAGGCCAACUUCAAAGUUAAAAGAAGGUGGGAUGAUGAUGUUGUUUUCAAGAACUGUGCAAAAGGUGUAGAUGAUCAGAAGAAAGACAAAAGAUUUGUAAAUGAUACACUGCGAUCUGAAUUUCACAAAAAGUUCAUGGAGAAAUAUAUUAAAUAGUACAGUUUUAUGUGCUUAAUUAAAGACUGUAAAAUGUAAACGAUCAUUCUGACUUUGUUCUGUUUUCUCUUUCCCCAUCUACAUUAUGCAUAGGCUUCCCUAAUUUUAAGUUCCAAAAUAUACUCUCCUUUAUGGAUCCAUUAUUUGAUAAGGACUUGGGAAUUGGUUUAACCUAGUUUCCAUUCUUGGAAUAGUUCCAGUCAUAUGUUUUCCUUUUAAUAUGGGAAAGGGAGCCUUCUUAUAAUAAAUAUUUUGAAAAAUCUAUAUAA